CAUCUGAUCAUAACAUAAUAACACGGAUGAUAUUACACGGAGACAAUAAUGACGGAAGCUUAAUGAGGUUAUACUGUGUCGCAGCAUUGCUUAACGUAACAUUAACUACAAAGAAACACAUUAACGGAGUCAUACUUAUCAGAAACUAACGUCAUGAAGCAAUAGUAACCCAAACUAAAAGCUUUUGGAGCCAUAAAGUGACUUUAUUGCCAUAUUCUGAACUUCAUGAGAAGACACAACGACAGAUAACCAUGCUCAGUUUCCUUGGACUCCGGAAAGACUCUAAGAAGUCAACAUCCGAGAAGGAGGCAGAUGGAGGCUUUGUUAUCGUCGGAGAGACAGUUGAAGAGCAGAGGAGGAAGAUGCAGUCCAUGAACAUCGCACAGCGUUCAACAAACGUCAUUGUGCAGCCAUCAAAGUCCUCCUAUACAACUCCAGCUCAACCCAUGGACACAGGUCUCCCUCCAGCUUUACCUACCACAGCACUGAUAGCCGGACCACCAGCAGUGGAGGCUGCUGCCACUCUUCCAGACCUCCUCGGGGAUGUCCCCUUCACUUUGGCGCCUCAUGUCCAGGCAAUGCAAGCAGGGUUCUCCCUCAUCCCCGAUGUGCUGCUGUCCCGGGACAUAAACUACAACCUCGCCAAUUUUCAGUACGACUUCACUUUAGAGAACUCUGUUCUCCAUAAUACAUCAUCUUAGAUUCUAAUAUCAAGACUGUCAUCAUGACUUCACACUGAGGGGAGCUUGGCUGAUAGGUCACUCUAUUGCAGCAUAUGGUUAUGUCAGAGGUUGCAACCUCUGACAUAACCAACAACUGACAACAUACUGAGCAGGCAAAUGUUAUUUGCUCACUAGUGAAAUGCUCACUAAAAUGACCUAAAACUUCAAAUACGUUUUAAGAAAAUACAGAAGCAUUACAUUUUUGUAAAUGACUCCUUGUUCAUUUUCUACUUUUAAAUUAAAGCCAUUGAAUAGCAUGAAAAUCUCACUGAAUAUAUAACAGAUGACCACGAGUUCUAAUUUUAUAGUUUAAUAGGUACUGAAUCAUCUCAGUCAGGGCACCUGCUGUUCACUUUCAUUAUAGAGCCUGUCUAUGAUGGGUCCUCUCAAACAGAGCUUAAGACUAGUCCUAGACUAAAACCAAGAUUAUGCAAGCCUUGAACUAGACUUAAUCCUUGUCCAGAAAAUUGGCCCCAUCACUGUCAAGUCCUUAUGCACACACAGACACAGACACAGUACAGUGCAGUCUGUUGUAAUGGUGUCUAACAGUCAACUGUUAAAAGUUUACUACUAUUUAUUCUCCAUAAUUUGUUGUCUCUUCCAAAUAACUUUGACUAAUUUGAGUAUUUUGUUAACAACCUGUCUGAUCAUGUGACUGCUAGGGUUUUGCCACCCGACUGCAACGCAAAGAAUCACGUUUCAAAUUUGAGCCAUUUAGUAGCAUAAAGCCUCAAACAGGGGUCGGGUUAGGUUUUGGCUAUUUUCCAGUGUAAUUUCUAUGAACUUUCUCUUUCUGACUGUGCCAAUGAUCCGGGUCCAUACAUGUCAUGAUUUCCUAAGGAUAUGCAGAAGAGCGUAGAAGGAAAUAUAGCCUCAGGUCUCAGGUUGGCUCCAGGCUGCAAAAUGGCAGCAGCGGUCGGGUUAUGACAUGUUGGGUACCACCUGGGAUCAGGUCUCAGAUUUGGGUCUGUGCAGAACUGUACAGAUACACAUGAUAGCCAAAACUACAACAGUGAGACCCAGGUUGUAAUAAACUGUAAUCGUCCUUCAAGUUAAGAUUGAUUAUCCCUGUAUGAACCAUCUACUGUUUAGAAUAGGGUGUCAUUUCAAAUGGUACCAAAUACUUUUUUUAAGGUCAUUUGAGGAUGUGACACGUAGAUGAUGAAGCAAUAACUUUAUUCAAAGCUUAGCACUUGGACAAUAAAAUGCCUACCUCCCACUGAGUUAAACCCAAGUAUUUACUAGAAUCAUUAAAUGGAAAGUACUUAUUCAUGUCUGGCCCAGUAUGAACUGCAACACACCCAGAUUGUUUAAAUAAUCAAGUUCAAAUGUGCAGUAGGAGUAUUUUUUACCAGCUACAACUCUUAGGAAUUUAAUACGAUGCCAUUUAUAUAUUUCACAUUAUGUGUCGCAAAACCACUUCUUGUUUAUAUAACAAACCAAUCAUGAUGUUUAAAUGUUCCUUCCUGAAUGUAGCCUUCCUUUUGAUCCAGCAUCAGCACAUUUUACUGCCAGCUUCGGUUUAUUUUUUAUUAUUUAUUCUCUCUGAAUUUUCAGUUGUUUUUUGCUGUCUUUGUGUUAAUGUCAUACAUGUUUCAUUAGAAUUCUGUCAAACUAGUUUCUUUGCUCAGAAUGGUUGGUACACUUUUUACCUCUAUAGAAACGAUGUGAAGGCAUGACAGCAGAUAUUGUACAGAGUGUAUAGAGGCUUAGAGAUUAAACUGUAUGACCACUUUUUAUUUUUAUUGUAAAAGAGAUAAAACAAGAGUCCUAUCUUUUUUUCACUGAUUGAAAAGUUGUGCAGUAUUCCACAUAAUGUGAAAUGACUUCCCAGGUGUUUGGGAUUCACCUUACACAAACUGUUUUAGGCUUUAAGUCAGCAAAGGGUGAACCCUUGGUGCUGAUGUGCAGUAAAUUCUCAAAUAGUAGCCAGGCACGAUACUGACUAGGUUUUGAACCAGGCCUUUUUUUGGAACAGGCUUUUCCUGAUUUCUCCUGUUCCAUGGUUAUCAAACUCCAUGUUUAUGUGUUGGCUUGAUUAAGCCGAAUUUACUGCUAUCGUACUAGAAGUACACCUCUGUAAUGUUCAUUUGCCUGGCUAAUACAUGAGACAUGGCAAUAAGAUGAAUACUGGCUUUUAUAUGAGAAUUUACAGUACUCACAUGAACAAAGUUACAAUCUCUUGUACUUUAUCGCUGGUAAAUACUGUAAAAUAUACAGGGGAUUUCACCAUUCAUUCAUCUGUAGCUCUUGUUUUGAGUGGUUUUCUUAGAAUGACAUGCACAUCCUGGUUUGUAUAGUUGAAGUAGUUUGUAUGGGUAUAUUCUCAACAGUUUGCUGGAUUUGUGUCUUUACCCUUCAACAAGGGUGUUUUCUUUCUUUCUUUGUUUCUUUAUUAAUAAGCAUAGACAUUUUGCUGAGAAGAGGAAAUUAAUUUGUCAUUAACUUACCCAGGAGCUUACCAAAUACGUUAUUUGUACUGUAUUUGUUUGUACAUGAUCAAAGUUGGACUCAUCUUAACCUGCUGUGCCUUUAAUGUACAGUCAAUAUACCUUUCAUUGGUAGGGACACACACUUGUCCAUCUAAAAUCUUUUUCCUGAACCGUCCUAUUCCCUGAGUGAGUGUCUGACAAUGCUGGUAGAGGGUUCUGUUUUGGUAGUGUUGUGGACAACAACUAUACAAAUAAAUUUGAA